AUGCUCCACGAAAUCCUCCUCGCCCUCUCUGGGCACCCCUCCCCUCUCCUCCGAACCGACAACUCAGAUCCCAAUGCGCUAUCAACGGCAAUCUCACCACCGGAGCGCGAACUCCUAGUCACCGCCGCCCACCUGAGCAACCUCCACGUCAAACUGCAGAGCUACACCGCCCCCAUCGCCGCGGAGCACCCAUCUACGAUAUGCCGCGCCACGGCCACCGCGAUACAGUCCGUCCACCUAGCCGCUUUCCAGCGCAAGGUCCUCGAUGUCGAGGAGACGAUACUGCGCAAGGACUCGAGUCUUGUCGGUGCCUACAACAUUGUGCCAUUGACGGCCGUUGUGGGGGAGUUUUCCGAGUGGACGAGACGGAUGGAAUGGUUGUGGGAGAUUGUACAGUUCAUGCUGAAGAAGCAGCAAGGGCAAACGUGUCGCGGCGCACAGCUGAUUGACAGGCUGAGGAGUGAGCUGCAGAGCGGUUAUGUCGACAUCGAAAGGACGGCUAUGAGCCUCGUGUCCGUGGCAGAGACGGCGUGGCUGAAGCAAGUUUCUGCUUGGAUCCUCUACGGACGAUUGCCGACCUUUGGAGGGGAGGACUUUUUCGUGCAGAAGUCGGAGGGAGGUGACCAGGAAUACAUCUCGGUGCCGGCUUUUCUACCCAACUUUGUAACCCUACCAACGGCAUCGUCAAUGCUCUUCAUCGGCAGGUCCCUCAACCACGUCCGUGUCAAGGGCAGCGUCGAAUCUGGCCUACAAGGCCUCGAUCACCUGUCUUCACAACUAAAAGAGCUAUCCGCUUUAACCUACCCUCUCCACACGGCGAGCUUCUCGCGCGCCAUUACCUCGAUUCGCCUCACACUCUCACGGACGAUCUUGCUCAAGCUCCUGCCUCUCACCAAAGUUGUUGAGGCGCUCCAGGUCUUGCGAGAGUUCUUCCUCCUUGGCCGGGGCGAAUUCGCCAUGGCUCUGACGCAGCAGGCUGAUGAGAAGCUGCGGAGCCGAUGGAAGAGAUCCGACAAUCUCGCGUACGAGAAGCGAGAAGGUCUUGGCACCUUUGCUGUCAAAGAGGGCGAGGUCGCCGCCGUGCUGGCCAAGACCUGGGCGGCCAUGGGCUUGAUGCAGGGGCAACACGCUGACGAAGACGAGGGGUUGGAGAUAGCGCGGGAGCUUCUGCGGUUGACUCUCACAAAGUCCAAGCCGGCAGUGCCUCUCAAGCUCGAAGCAAGCGUGUCACGGCCCACGACGAAGACCCUGGCCACGACCCCUUUCCGCAACCUCCUUUUAUCAGUCCCCGUCGUCUUGACUAUGCAGAUUCCCUCGCCCAUGGACAUGUUCCUUACCCCUUCCGACUUGCAGAUCUAUUCCACCAUCAACUCAUACCUCCUCUCUAUCCGCCGAGCGCAUAUUCGUCUCACUGAGCUGUGGAAGAUCACAUCCUUACGCCGCCAUCAUCCGGCACCCCCGGGACCACCCGCCGGAAGCACCCGAGCAGGGCGCUCUAAGGUGAUACUACUGCGUCAGCGCUAUACGCAGCGGUCCAAUGCCUUGCGCAGCGCCUGGGUGACAUGCAGCUCUGCGUUAUUCUUUCUCUCCGAGACGGAGGCAUACUUGCAAACAGAAGUAGUGGCUGGGCUAUGGGACGGCUUUCACGACUGGCUGGCUCCCAAGAAAGAGACGGACGGCAUUGAGAUGGGGCCUCCUGGUUCGUUAACCAAGGCGGCAUCGAAACCUACAGCAGAAGUCGAGGCAGAAGACGAAGACGACGACGAUAUCUGGCUAGCACAGAGCACACCAACAACCAAGUCACCAAAACCAACAGAACCCACCACGACUCACGACCCCCAGAGUCUCGCCACGGCCCACAGAGCCUACCUCCGCGCCCUCUCCACCCGCCUUCUCCUCACCUUUCCCACCUACACGGACCCGCUGUACAACCUCCUCACGCACACGGACCACCUCGUCGCCCUGACGCAGCGUCUCCACGCCGUCUGGACCUCGAUGGACCUCGAAGCGGACGCGGGCGUCGUCGACGCCUUCGUGGACCUCGAGAUUGAGGAGAAGGAGGUCCGUGCCGCCAUCCGCGAUGUGGAGAAGCAUGUCAAGGACGGCAUCCGGGACGUGAUUGCCGCGUUGCGGAGCCUGGAGGCGGACCCGGCGGCAUUUGCGGACGAGGAGGAGGGCGGCGAGGAAGGGGUCCUGAGGGAGGAAGGGGAGUAUGUCCCGCGAAGGGUCGGUGGCGUGGAGAGGUUGUUGAUGAAGCUUGAUUUGGCGGGGUGGUUUGGUGAGAGGAAGGAUGAUUUUGGGUUCGUGUUUAGUGAGUACUGA